AUGUCGUCAACUUCGGAAGUUUUCCCUUCUCACAGGCAAGAAUUAUCACCGUUAUUGCUGAAUAUCGCAACCAUGGCCGGCGACCCACGAGCGCUGCUCCGUCAGGCAGAGACGUCUUUGCAGAAGGCUUCUGGGGGGUUCAGCUUCUUUGGGGGCCGACAGGACAAAUAUGAGGCGGCUGCUGAGCAGUUCAUCGCUGCAGCGAAUGCUUUCAGAAUGCAAAAAAUGGGCAAGGAAGCUGGUGAGGCAUUCGAGAAGGCAGCAUCAGUUCAGCGUGAACAACUGAACGAGCCCGAUGAUGAGGCGAACACACUCACAGAAGCUUUUAAGGCCUAUCGAAAGGAUGACCCAGAGUCAGCUGCAAGGUGCUUGGACAAGUCGAUCGCGCAUUACUGCAGCAAGGGUAACUUCCGCCGUGCUGCAACUCACAAGCAGAACCUUGCCGAACUCUUUGAGAAUGAGUUGGGCGACAACACUCGUGCAGCGGCCGCAUACGAGGAGGCCGCUGGCUGGUAUGAGAGCGAUAAUGCCGAAGCGCUUGCUAACAAGCUGUGGCUGAAAACUGCUGAUCUCGUUGCACUCGAGGGUAAGGACUACUACAAAGCCAUCGAACUGUAUGAGAAGGUGGCAAAGACAUCCAUACAGAAUAACUUGAUGCGAUGGUCUGUCAAGGAGUACCUUUUGAAAGCCGGUAUCUGCCAGCUAUGCACAGGUGAUCAGGUUGGCGUAAACGCAGCACUCGACAGAUACAGAGAGCUCGACCCAAGCUUCGUCCAGCAGAGAGAACACCAGCUUCUGGUCGAUUUGACCGCCGCUGUCCAGGAAGGCGACCAGGAAAUGUUCGCCGAUAAGCUAUUCCAAUAUGACCAGCUGAGCAAGCUGGACAAGUGGAAGACUACGCUCUUGUUGCGCAUCAAGAAUACCAUUGAAGAAACGGGUGAAGAUUUCUCAUAG